AGAAAGAGAGAAGAAGGAAGAAAAAGACUGAGUCAUCCAAAACCAUAUACUUUGGAAUCAAAGCUUAAGAGAGAGGGAGAGAGAAUAAUAAGUCUUUUUUUUUUGUAUUUAUUUGUUUGUUUUAUUUCCACUCCUUCUUCUUCUUCUUCUUAUUCUUUGUCCUUGCCUUUCAUUCAUUCAUCACUUUGUGUGACUUUGUUCUCAUUCCUUUUCCCUUUCAACUUUCAAGAUUGGUAUUCAGAGUUGUUGCUAUUGAUGGAAACAAAGCUAUGGAACUGAUCAGAUAAUUUUAUUAUUGUUAUUGGGAUUGGGAUUGAAGAUUUGAAGUUGAGUGUGUGUUGGCAAAUUCAGUUGCAAUUGUAGUUUUGAAUUGCAAUUUUAAACCAUGUUCAAGUGCUCUUCUUAAAUUGUGCUUAAUAGUUCAUAGUACUGUAUCAAGCUUUCUGAUAUUGUUUCAUUUUUCUGAUUUCGCUUCACUAGUCAAAAGGACAAAGAAUUUCAAGGGUCAAUCUCUUCUUGUAGCUGUUGAGAAUUAGGGUAACUUAUAAUAAUUUGAUUGAAUAAGGAAAAGUUUUUCCUUUUUCUGGUAAUUAUUAUGCAUGUCUGGCCCUGUGGCCACAGUUGAUAAUUUGGAUGGAGCAGUUAUCUCUGCAGAGAGAACAAAGUCUCUUGAUGCCAUUUCCGAGGUAGACGUGUCGUCCUUAUUGAGAAACGGCGAAAGCAGUGGUCAUUCAUCUGAGAUAGUUGGGUUUAGAGUUGGGGAAAUCUUGCUUCCUAAUGGAGAGUCAUAUUCCGGGUCCCUUCUCGGCAACAUGCCGGAGGGUAGGGGUAAGUAUGUAUGGUCAGAUGGAUGUGUAUAUGAUGGUGAGUGGAGAAGGGGGAUGAGGAAUGGAAAUGGAAGGUUACAAUGGCCUUCUGGCACGGUUUAUGAGGGCGAAUUCUCUGGUGGCUAUAUCCAUGGUACAGGAACAUAUAUUGGUUCGGAUAGUCUUACCUACAAAGGGCGGUGGCGAUUGAAUCUUAAGCAUGGACUUGGUUAUCAAGUUUAUCCUAAUGGAGAUAUCUUUGAAGGGUCUUGGAUCCAAGGAACGCCAGAGGGGCCGGGGAAGUAUACUUGGGCGAAUGGGAAUGUCUAUUUAGGGAAUAUGAAAGGUGGGAAAAUGUCAGGGAAAGGAACUUUGACAUGGAUCAAUGGAGACUCAUUUGAAGGAAGCUGGUUGGAUGGUAUGAUGCAUGGUCUUGGAGUUUAUACUUGGAGUGACGGCGGCUGCUAUGUUGGGACCUGGACGAGAGGUUUGAAAGACGGCAAAGGAACGUUUUAUCCGAAAGGUAGCUGUCUUCCGUCGGCACAAGAGGUUUAUCUGAAUGCCUUGAGGAAAAGAGGACUAUUGCCGGAUUUGAGGAGGCAGAAACAGGCUCAUAUUCAUCAUGCUUCUUCGGUUGAUAUGGGAAAUGUCAAGGUCAGUGGUGAUAAUCAGAGUUCUAGCCUUGUUUCGUCCGAUAAGCUUGCCAAAGGGAGUCUAUUAAACAUUGAACAAUCGCGCAGCAAGAAUAUCUCUCUCGAAAGGCGAUGGAGUCUUGAGGUGUCUAUUGAGAAAGUAAUAGCCCAUGAUUCAACAGAUUCUAUAUUGGAAGGUAGUGAAAAGAUCCCCAUUUUGGAGCGCGAGUAUAUGCAAGGUGUAUUAAUAAGUGAGGUAGUUUUAAAUAACAGCUUUUCAAAUAUGUCUAGAAGGGCAAAACGGCUGCAGAAGAAGCUCGCCAGAGAGAUUAAAAGACCUGGUGAAGCCAUCAUUAAAGGUCACCGGAGCUAUGAUCUGAUGCUUAGUCUGCAGCUUGGAAUAAGGUAUACUGUGGGAAAGAUUACCCCGAUACAGAGGCGAGAAGUUCGAGCAUCGGAUUUCGGUCCUAGAGCAAGUUUUUGGAUGAAUUUUCCUAAAGAAGGUUCUCAGCUAACUCCUCCUCAUCAAUCUGAUGACUUCAAAUGGAAAGAUUAUUGCCCAAUGGUGUUCAGAAACUUGAGAGAGUUGUUCAAGAUUGAUGCUGCUGACUAUAUGAUGUCGAUUUGCGGAAACGAUGCUCUGAGGGAACUAUCAUCUCCGGGGAAAAGUGGUAGUGUCUUUUUCCUGUCUCAGGAUGAUCGUUUCAUGAUCAAGACGCUUCGAAGAUCUGAAGUAAAGGUUCUUCUAAGAAUGCUUCCGGACUAUCAUCAUCACGUGAAGUCAUACGAUAAUACCCUCAUCACGAAAUUCUUCGGUCUGCACCGGAUUAUACCUUCGAGUGGUCAAAAGUUUCGCUUUGUUGUGAUGGGAAAUAUGUUUUGUACAGAGCUAAGGAUCCAUAGGAGAUUCGAUUUGAAAGGUUCAUCCCUCCUCAACUACUGCUUCUAUUUGGAACCUUCUUGGCGCCAGUCAUUGCUAAAGCAGAUUGAGAUCGACAGCAAGUUCUUGGAAGCACAGCAUAUAAUGGAUUACAGCCUUCUACUCGGCGUUCAUUAUCGAGCUCCACAGCAUUUCCGUCCUCUCACAUCAUACAACCGUAGCAUAACUGCUGAUGGAUUAGCAAGUCUUGCUGAGGAAGAUCCUCUAGAGGAUGAAGUAUCAAGCUAUCCGCAAGGCCUUGUUUUGGUCCCUAGGGGAUCAGAUGAUAACAGUGUUGUUGUAGGAUCACACAUCAGAGGUAGUCGACUGCGCGCUUCGGCUGCCGGCGAUGAGGAGGUGGAUCUGCUUCUUCCAGGCACAGCAAGACUACAAAUCCAGUUAGGAGUAAACAUGCCAGCAAGGGCAGAGCAAAUUCCAGGAAAGGAAGAGAUGCAAACAUUUCAUGAGGCUUAUGAUGUGGUGCUCUACCUGGGAAUAAUUGACAUUUUACAGGACUACAACAUGUCCAAGAAAAUUGAACAUGCCUACAAAUCGAUUCAGUUCGAUUCGAUUUCAAUCUCGGCCGUUGAUCCCGGAUUCUACUCCCGUCGCUUCUUGGACUUCAUUCAGAAAGUGUUCCCACCAAAUGAAUCUCUAGCUGGUUGA